AUGGAGUUACUAACACUAGAUUCAUUCCUACCAUAUUUAAGACCAUAUCAAGGUAAAGAAUUAUUAUCUCCUCAAGAAAGUUUAAAAAUCUCAUUAUUAAUUACAGAAAUAUUAAUUGAUACUUAUAUUGAUUUCAAUCUAUUAAAAUUUUUAUCUAGAUUUUUAACUGUUGAAUCAUAUAAUGAUAUAAUUGAAGAAAGAAAUAUUGAACAUAAAUGUGGUUAUUUUUUAUGUAAUUUGCAACCAAAACUGUUGGUUAGAAGAUUAAGUUUAAAUUCAAAUGGUACAACUACAGCUUCUUCAUUAUUAGAAAGUGGAGCUUCAACUAAAUAUCAAAUAUAUAAUAGAAAACCUUCUAUUAUUUUACCAAAUACUUAUAUGAGUCAAUAUUGUUGUAAAGAACAUUAUCAAUCAAGUAUAUUUUAUAGAAAUCAAUUAAGUACAGAAGCUUUAUUUGCAAGAAAUAAUAUACUUGUGAUUCUACCUUUUCAAGGUCCUUCAAAUUGGUAUGAAAAUUCAAUUACAUUAUUAGAAGAAGUUAUUGCUAAACAUAAAGAAUUAAAACAACAAGGUAAAUCAAUGGCUGAAGUUAUUGCUUUAAUGAAUGGAUUAAAUGUACAUGAAGAUGAAAUGAAUGAUGAAACUAAUCAAUUGAUAAAAUUAAUUGAAGAUUUCGAGAUUGUGGAAAAGGAAACAGAUGAUUUAAAUGGUCAUCAAAUAAAUGAAGCUGUUAUUGAAAGUGAUGAUGAAGAUGAAGAUUUAAAUACAAAAACAACUUCAAAUAAAGUUGAAGGUUAUGUAACUUCCGAUAAAAGUUUUGGAGGAUAUGUGGUAUAA